AUGUUUCAUGUAUUUUUCGGUAACCACUUUCAUAAGCUAUUUACCUUUUUUCCACAAAAUUAUGCUGAUUUUUUAAUUGAUGUUUCCAAGGUUACUGUGUCAAAAUUUGCUGCUAUUUUUGGUCCCAGCCAUUUAGUGUACAACAUAUACGUCUUCUCCCAUUUAUUCGAUUUCGUCAACCUUUAUGGUUGCUUGGAUCGUUUUUCCUGUUUUCCCUAUGAAUCGGAGCUGGGGCAUUUGAAGCACUACACAUAUGGGCCAAAACCACCGGCUGUUCAGCUUUACCGCCGACUGGCCGAGCGCGUGGGAUUGGAUGCUGUCGAAGGGAAGAUAUUUUUGUAUGAUGUUGGUUUUUGACUGAGGCCAUCAGCCACUGCCGGAUGUCACAGGUUUAUUCAUAGGGAUGUCGUCUUUUCGAAAAACUUUCCCGACAACUGCAUUUUGCCUGAUGGUCAACCAGCUGUCAUUGUAGAUUUUUCUGGAGAUACUAUUGAGUACCAGAAAUUCAAAACUGUUCUCCCGUUUUACACUCACGUAUUGAUAUCGACAGACGUUUUAGUUUUUCAAUGCUCCGACUUGCAACACACUCGGCUGUUUGCAUCAGUCGACCAAAUGUCUUGCAAAUGCUCUAGUUUUUCCUGCGGAGACACUCGUAUAUACUUCCCCAUUUUGCAUACCCUUAUCGAU